CAAAUCAAUUAUAAUGGCUCUAUCUUCUUCUUACUACUCUUCCUCUUGGUCGGACUUGCUCCCGGAGCUUAUGGACGCUGUAUUCCACAGCCUAAACGAUGUCAAAGACAUCCUUAGUUGCGCCACUGUCUGUUCUUCUUGGAGAUAUUCUUCCUCCGCCGUGUACAGUCGCAAUUUUUUCAGGUAAUGAUGAUCAGAGAUGGAUUUGUGGAAGCACAAGAGGGUAUUUGUUAACUGUCAUUGUUUCUUUCCAGUUCGAGGUAAGUUUGCAGAACCCAUUUGCUAACACCGUUGUUUCUCUGCCACCGUUGACAUCUUUUGAAGAUGUUCAGCGGUUGAUUCAGUUCCAAGCUGUCUCUCAGCACUCUGGAGCUCUAAUCCUAAUUAAAGAGUUUGUAAAGAAAGUUGCAUCUUCUAAAAGUUUAUUAGACUCUGACUGCGUUGUGCUCAUAAUAUACAACACCGAUGGAGGAAAGCUAGCUUUCUGCAGACGGGGAGAUAAACAAUGGACGGAGUUAGAGUCUGAUCAUAUCGAUGACAUUGUGUUCUGUAAUGGUGUCUUCUUGGCCAUGGAUAGAACUGGAGAUAUAUAUCAGUGUGAGCUUGACCCUAACAAUCCAAAGGCUGUUCCUUUAUGCACGGCCUCUCCGUUUCGGUACGACCCUUGCAAGAAGUGUUUUGCUGAGUCGGAUCACGGCAAGCUGUGGGUGGUUCUACAGAAGCUAGACGUUAGCGACGAAUUUGAUUUCACAACGUAUUUCGAGAUUUACGAGUUCAGUUCAGAGAUGAAAGAGUGGACUGUGGUGAGAAGCUUGAGAGGUAAAGCUUUGUUCUUGAGCCCUCAAGGUAGAUGUGUAUCGGUUUUAGCCGGUGAAACUGGAACUGGAGGGUUUAUCAAAGACAAUUCCAUUUACUUCAUCGAUGGGAGUCUGACCGUUUUUGAAUGGGAGAGCAAGCAAAGCAAGAAGCAGUCAGGCUUUUGUAAUCUUAUGUUUUGGGUCACACCUGAAGAUGUUCUUCAAAGGUGAAAGACCGAGACAUCUUAAUUAGGGAACUAUAGUUUUGGUAUUGCAUAGUAAAGGUUUUGUAUUUUUGUAACAAAAAUAGUUAUUGAGUUUUCAGCAUCUAAUCUUUUCCAUUAUUCAA